ACGAGUGCGUUAUUCAGCGAAGAGAUCGAGCUACAGCAUGCCACCCAAAGCGAGCGGCAAAGCGGUGAAGAAGGCCGGCAAGGCCCAGAAAAACAUCAGCAAGACCGAUAAGAAGAAGAAAAGGAAGAGGAAGGAGAGCUACGCCAUUUACAUCUACAAAGUCUUGAAGCAGGUGCAUCCCGACACCGGAAUCUCCAGUAAGGCGAUGAGCAUUAUGAACAGUUUCGUCAAUGAUGUCUUCGAGCGUAUCGCCGCCGAAGCUUCGCGUUUGGCGCAUUACAACAAGCGAUCGACCAUCACAUCUCGGGAGAUCCAAACGGCGGUUAGACUUCUUUUGCCCGGAGAACUGGCAAAGCACGCUGUAAGCGAAGGCACCAAAGCAGUCACCAAGUACACCAGCUCUAAGUGAAUGAUUGCUCUCAAAAUCAACGGCCCUUAUCAGGGCCACAAAUUACUUAUACGUUUGACAU